AACACAAAUACAGAUUUUAACAUAAAUCCUUGCUACCAUAAUCUCCUAGAAAUGUCAGCAAUCUUCGCCGAAAAUUAUAAAAAAGAUGAAUCUACACUUUCUGAAUCAGUUGUAGAGACAGCAAAGGCCAAAUUUAAACAACAUAAAGCAAUAAUCAUAAAAGGUCCCAGAAAAUGUGGGAAAACAACUCUAGCUGCAUUAUUAACUUCAAUAUACCAACCAGGGGAAUUUCUGAUUAUCUACAAGGCGGAUGAUACGAAAUAUAUUUCUCUUGAUAAAGUUUGCCUCGUGGUAGUGGAGGAUUUUGCUGGCAAGUACCGCUACGAUAAUGUCGGUGCUAGCGAUUGGAUGAGAGCCUUUGAUAUGUUACAUUCACUUGUAAAGGCUGGAAAACUGAAUGUUGUAUUAACUUGUAAGGACACCUUUUUAGCCGAGUGCAAGAAAGACUUUGAAGAUCAUCCAAUAUUUGACAACCCUGUACAGAUGGAAGAAUCAGACAUCAGAAUUAAACAAGAAGAAGAUGAGAAUGUAACCGGUAAUUUGAUGCCAUUCAAUUACAACGAGAGAGGAUGGUUUUGUUGA